AUGUUGAUUUCGACUAAGGAUCUUUUGGCUAAGGCCAAGGAUCUUAUACUGCUGGGAAAGGAGAUCUUUCUGCUGGGAAGGGAAAUCUUGCUGCUAGGAACGGAAAUCCUAGCGAUAGCCAGAGAUCAGCUCUGGGAGGAAGGACGUUGUACCCAAUGGGCUCAGUCUAAACAGGGUCGGCCUCAAUGGGCUUACUCUCAAUGGAUCCACCUGAAAGAUAUCACUGGCCAAGAUACAGAGACUCUUAUCAAUCCAAGCUGA